AUGCCGCUGCCCUGCCGGAGCUGGACCCUGGCGCUGCUCACCCUGCUCGUGGGCAUCCUGCUUUUCGCGGACAUCGCCGAGAUCGAGCUGGAAAUCGGGAAUUCUGGAGGCCGAGGUGCAGUCCGAUCGGCAGUGAGCAGUCUACAUAGCAGAUCUAAUAGAACGGAAGGGACAGUAAAUGGGUCUUCAUCUCCAGCUGUUGCUGAGCAAAGUAACAACAACAUUAAGCACCCUGACAAGACAGUUCAAUCCCAGUGGAUACACAAUCAGACGUUGUCACUGACCAUCAGGUAUGGGGAAUGGCCCACAGGGGACCAAUUUUUGGAUGCGGAGAAAGACAUCUCGGUGCUGAGAGGAACUCUGAAACCGGGAGACAUCAUCCACUACGUAUUUGACAGGGACAGCACCAUGAAUGUUUCCCAAAAUCUCUAUGCCCUCUUACCAAGGACAUCCCCACUGAAGGGCAAGCACUAUCGGACGUGUGCCAUUGUGGGGAAUUCGGGCAUCCUGCUGAACAGCGGCUGCGGCAAGGAAAUUGACGCCCACAAGUUUGCCUUGCUUAUGCAAUUUAGAGCCCCGGUGCAGGAAUAUAUCCAUGACGUUGGAAUGAAGACUGAUCUGGUCACCAUGAACCCUUCCGUCAUCCAGCGUGCCUUCGAGGACCUGGUGAAUGACACUUCGGAGAAGCUGCUCCAGCGCCUUCAUAGCCUCAAUGGCAGCAUCCUUUGGAUCCCGGCAUUCAUGGCCAAGGGGGGCAAGGAACGGGUGGAGUGGGUCAAUGAACUCAUCCUCAAGCAUCAUAUUAACGUCCGCAGCUACCCAUCUCUGCGACUGCUGCAUGCUGUGCGAGGGUAUUGGCUGACAAACAAAGUCUACAUCAAGCGCCCAACCACUGGUUUGUUGAUGUACACCCUGGCAACGCGCUUCUGCAACCAGAUUUACCUCUACGGUUUCUGGCCAUUUCCCCAAGGUCCAGACCAAAGCCCCGUUAAGUACCACUACUAUGACAGCCUGAAAUACGGCUACAUGUCCCAGACCAGUCCUCAUACCAUGCCUUUGGAAUUCAAAGCCUUGAAGCUCCUGCACCUCCAAGGAGCCUUAAAACUCACCGUUGGGCCCUGCAACGGAACCACGUAAAAAAGAAACCACUUUCCUGGAGGCUGUGCCCCAUGGGAGGAUUGGGGAGGGGAGGCUGGGAGGAAUGGUAGAUGGAGAGAUGGGUUUUCUUGGUUUGGGAGAUGAGCACAAGCAUGGCUGCGGGGGGCUCUGCGUUGAAGUGGAGCCAGUGUUUGGUGCCAGGGCCAGAAGACCUGUGCGGGAACCCUAAGAGAAGAUGGCCUUUGCCCUUCCCAGGCCUGGAAGCCACUGUGACGUGUAUGGGUACUUUAGUGUGACAACUCAGUGUUAGGCCAGAUGUUGUGCGUGGUCUAGAAUUGGUAGGUAGGGCUCGUUUGGCUAAGAAAGCCGGGCGUUUCCCGGUUUGUGUUGUGUUCUUGGCUUAGUUGGAUAUAGGCGUUAGGGAUUAAUCCUUAGAACUGCUGUUUUUUGAGCAGGGAGGGAAACAGAGCAGAGGCACUGCGGGUCAGUUCUCAGAAAGCUACUGGCCAAGGAGAGGUUUAACCGUGCUGUAUGGAACUUUUUUCAAGCUGGGCCACCAGCUGUGCCCAUUCCGAAAAAGCACCGAGCAACAAAAGCCAACUCAGGAUCCUCAGACACAAAGAGGACUGGAGUUUCUGACAUUUCCACGGGA